AGUGGUGUCGUGUCGUAGAUCGUAGCAGUUGUUGUGGAGGCAAUUGAAUCGGUAACAUACGGUAGCUAGGCUACAUUUCUUAGAAAAGAAUACAAACUAACAAAAAAAUGGUAAAACCUGUAAGAAAAUCUCCAAACAAGAACCCACCAAUAUUGAGCCAUGAAUUCAUCAUCCAAAAUCAUGCAGAUAUCGUGUCAUGUAUUGCCAUGGUUUUCGUUGUUGGCCUUAUGGUACAUGCAACAUCACCAAUAGCAUCAAUCUUCAUCACUCUGCAACAUAAUGUAACACUAGCUGGUGAGUUGCCCCUUUAUGGACCAGGAAUCAAAGACUGGGCCUGUGUAUUCUUCUACACUCUCAUCUGUAUUGUCAUUCAUGCCAUUAUCCAGGAAUACAUAUUGGAUAAAGUUUCCAAAAAGUUGCAUCUCUCCAAAUCCAAGCUGGCUGUUUUCUCCACUAGUGGCCAGCUUGCCUUUUUCUACCUCAUCUCUUCAGGCUGGGGCAUAGAUUUGAUUUUCAAGGAGCAAUACUUGACUGACAUUGCUCGCAUCUGGUCUGACUAUCCUGCCCCUAUGACCUUUUUGCUAAAGCUGUAUAUCAUUGUGCAGCUGGCUUACAGUCUGCAUGAAAUACCUGAACUGUAUUUCCAGAGGAUAAAAAAAGAGGAGUGGACUUCCAAGGCUGUGCAAAGUAUUGCAGCCACUGUUGCUGUAUAUGUACCAUAUUUUUUGAGUUUCAACCGAUUACUGGUGUGCCUUUUGGUGCUCCAUCAUAUUUCUGAGCUCUUCUAUCAUGGAUCCCUGCUUAUACAGACUGUUGAUAAAGAAGAAAAAUUCACUAAGUGGACAAAAAGGGUUUCAAAUGCAUUACAAAUCCUCGCACGCCUUGGUAGCAUUGUCUUGGCCAUUUUGACUCUAUGGUAUGGUCUUGCCUUGGGAGAGCAGCAAAGUCUGGACAUCCCAGCUGGGUAUUUCAACACUCCUCUCGUACGCAUUGUCCUUUUGGCUGGAAUUCUUCUGCUCCAAUUGUACCUUACUUUUAAUGUGAUCAAGAUGGAACUGGAGAGGUCCCGUGAAAGCAAGGCUGCUAUUGCAGCACCCAAGGGAAAGGUUCAAAAGAAAGAGAAAUCCAAGAAGAGCAAAAAAAGUGAAGAGUCUGACUUGCCUGAAGUUGACCAAAACACCAAUAAAGCUUUGAGGAAGCAGAAGGUGAAAUAAACAAUUUUUUGAAUUCAUUUUUUCUUCCUAAGAAACUCAUUUUUCGAGUUUUGUGUCUAAUUUUUGCCUCUCUUGUAAAUUGUAUCAUAUCAUUAUGAUUCCUAUCAUAAGUGGAUAAAAUGUUUUGUUAGUUUUUCAACAUGUUUUGAAAAUCAAUUUUUUUGUUAAGCAUCAUUGACUCAUUCCAUUUAUUUUGUUAUUCAAAAAAUCCCUCCAUUUAUAUACAUCUAUUAUUUUUUCAUUAAACUAUU